AUGCUGACAGACCUCCAGAGCUUUGAUCUCCUUCCCGGUCCAUCCCAUUCGACGAUAACCCCAGCUCCGCAAGCCAACCUCGGCCCAGUACUCUACCUCUCCUACAGGAAUCCGAAUGGCAGUCGGAGAAAGCCUACGACGAGGAUCCUCCAAACUGCAUCCACUAUUUUAAAAGAAUGGCGAGUCACCCUCAACAACAAAACCAUUGUAAAAGACACGGAAGAAGAUGUUGUUUUGGCUCCAGGCGCCUACUGGACGUUAUUCCUGGAAGAAAAGCUACACACCGUUCUCCAAGAGAAAGUCUCCCGUAACAAAAGGGUCAGGGUCGAUGACACGGCAAUCAUCGUGUCAAACAGCGACCGUACCCAGCGUGAUCUGAACAAGCGCUUCAACAAAACUGAAAUAGUUUGGGCCCCUAUUGAAAAACAACUCAGGAUGUGGUCGAGUCAUUUCUGCCGUGAAAAAAGUUUGAGUUUGAGAGUCUGUUUCAAUUAUAUAGAAGACUGCGAUUCCCCACCCACCGGACGAAAUGGUGGAAAGAGAGGGAAAUCCUCCGUCACAAGGAGGAUGCUUGGCGAUCGCGAUGCCCAGCUGGAUGCUGAAGAAAAUGCAUGCGGACAGCAAUCUAUUUGGCGCCGUGUUUAUGAUUUGAUGAAAUGUGACUCAGCCGCAUGCCACCUGGGCCCUUAUUGCUGGCUAGACCCAAAGGGAAAAAAGCAUUAUCGACUCCGAACGCAAACACUCAGACGUCUGGUCACCUAUGCCGAGAAAGGUGGUGUCCUGGAGACGCACAAGGACGUCCCAGAUGAAAUCCGAGAUGAGCUCUUUAUGGAAGACCAGCAGAGGGAGGAAAAAAAUAAGCGCAAAGGCGGUAAUAUGCUUGGCAGUCAAAUGUCGCAUUCGCCGAUCAACAUAAAUGUUCACCCCCCUGGGGUGGCGACAACGGCUUCAGCAGUUGAGGCAGCUGGGCCAAAACCCGUGAGUUCGUUGAAGAUUCCUGGUCUCAAGGACGUGGCGGUCAAAGAAUAUGGUGAGUGGCUUGCAUCGAAUGUAUCUGAUGAAACUCUCAAAGCUGCAUUUCGACAAGCGUGCGAUAUAACCCUGUCUGAUGGCUUUGAGCUUGAGCACAUCUACAAGGAUCAGAAUCCGGAAUUUUUCGUCAGCAAAGGGAUCAAACCUGGAAUUGCUCGGAGUUUCGUAGAAAAUCUUCGUGAUUGGGUUGAGAAUGUGAAAAAAGCAUUGCCUGUUCUCGACUUGGUGUAG